AUGGCUAUCACUACCGUGCCAACGGGCUCAAGCACCGAGAAGCCUGUUUCCGUCCACGAGAAUGAACAUGAAACCCUUGAAUAUACACAGGCACUUCAUAAGGUCAACUCACGCCUGGCACAUCCUUUGGCUGGCUACUCUCAUGAACGCUUGAUUGAGAUGGGAGCGACCUAUGCUCGCAACCAUGGGAUGGAAGAAUACCAGGAAGAAUUCAGCAAAGGAGCCAUGCUAGCCCAAGACCCAGGAGCAUUUGAGACAAUCCCACUCCUGACGGACGAGGACAGAAACAUGUUGAGGCGUGAAGUCACACACAAAUGGAGUCAUCCGAAAGAGCUUUACCACAUGGUUAUCAUGUGUUCUCUUGCUGCCGCUACGCAGGGAAUGGAUGAGACUGUCAUCAACGGCGCAAAUCUCUUCUUCUUACCACAAUUUGGAAUUGAGAACCGUGAAUGGAUUGCUGGCCUUGUCAACUCGGCACCUUACCUGUGUUGCUUUACCAUUGGUUGUUGGUUGACGCAUCCGCUGAAUAAAACAUUCGGUCGUCGGCACACAAUUUUCAUCACCUGUCUCGUAUCCUUCUUGACUUGUCUCUGGCAAGGGUUUACAAAUUCAUGGCAACACCUCUUCGUGGCUCGUUUCUUUUUGGGAUUCGGUAUUGGCCCGAAGAGUUCCACUGUUCCGGUUUACGCUGCUGAAUGCUCCCCCCCCGGAAUUCGUGGUGCUUUGGUCAUGAUGUGGCAAAUGUGGACUGCUUUCGGUAUCAUGGUUGGUUACAUCGCUGAUGUUGCUUUUUACAAAGUUCCUGACCCACCUCAUAUUACGGGCUUAAACUGGCGCCUUAUGUUGGCAUCAGCGUGUGUUCCCCCGUUGCUUGUUUGCGCACAAGUUUACUUCUGUCCUGAGUCCCCGCGUUAUGAAAUGAUGAAGGGCAACCACCAAAGAGCGUUCAACUCUCUCGCUCGUCUGCGUUGGACCAAGGUUCAAGCUGCUCGUGAUCUAUUCUACAUGCACACUCUCCUCGAAAUUGAGAAGGAAUUAGAACAUACCAAGAAGAAUAAAAUUGUGGAAAUGUUCACCAUCGGCCGCAACAGGAGAGCUAUGAUUGGUUCCGAAAUCGUCAUGUUCAUGCAACAGUUCUGUGGAGUCAAUGUCAUCGCCUACUAUUCUUCAGUUAUUUUUGUUGAUUCUGGCUUCUCGCACGUCUCUGCCCUCCUUGCAUCAAUGGGUUUUGGAAUAAUCAACUUUUUGUUUGCUAUUCCAGCGGUCUACACCAUUGAUACCUUUGGCCGUCGUAACCUCCUUCUUACAACAUUCCCAUUCAUGGCUCUGUUCCUUCUAUUUACGGGCUUUUCAUUCUGGAUUGAGGAUCAAACUGCUAGAAUUGGCUGUGUCGCCCUCGGAAUCUAUCUUUUUGGGAUUGUUUACUCCCCUGGAGAAGGUCCGGUCCCGUUUACUUACUCCGCCGAAGCCUACCCGCUUUAUAUCAGAGAUCUCGGCAUGUCUUUCGCAACUGCAACAACUUGGGGAUUCAACUGGGUACUUUCUAUGACAUGGUUACCACUCGUUCGAGCUUUCAAACCACAGGGCGCCUUUGGAUACUACGCAGGCUGGAACAUGAUCGGUUUCCUUUUAGUUCUCUUUUUCCUACCUGAAACAAAGGGCCGAACAUUGGAAGAGCUGGAUCGCGUAUUUGAAGUCCCUACACACGUUCACGCAAAAUGGGGUCUUGCACAAAUCCCUUACUUUAUUAAGCGCUACAUCUUCCACCAGGAUGUCCCCGCACCGAUAUUGUUGGAUUUGUCUGAUACUCCUCACCACGCAGAUAGCCACGGUGGUGACUACAAGGAGGCCACUGAGAAGGUUUAG